AUGUCCUUUGACAGAGACUCAAACGUUGAAGUUGUGCGUAAAUACCAUGGUGCAGUUCAAAGUCUAGACCAUGCGCAACAGCCGUGGUCCCCUGAGACCGGUCUACACGGUCCAUCUGAUGCUAUAAGCGCUGCCCAUCAAUAUCUUCUUACAGUGGCAGAUGACUAUGAAAUCCCUCAGGGCGUUAUUGGUGGAACUCCCAUCAAGUUAUCUGAACCGGCCAGUCCCACAGACACUCCGUUUGGCCUCAGAUUGGUACAAGAAAGGCCUCGCUUUAGGAGCAGUAAAGCAGUGAUCUACCAGCAGACAUUGGGCGGGCUGCCUGUGUGGGACGCCAAGCUUAGCAUCCUUGUGAACAAGGAGAAUCAAAUAGUCAGCUCGUCCAGCAGCAUCGACACAAAUGCCUCUAAACCAGAAAUCCCCCUGGAUGAUGCUAAAUACAUGCAAAACGAUGUUACGGAGGAGGAUCUUCGCCAAUUGCUAGCGGUUUCCGUGAGCAGUGAUGGAAUCUACUUCAAAGAAGAGCAAAAGCAACAACGCCUCCUUGUCUAUUACUACCACAAAGAUGAUAGACAGGAGAUAUCAGGGGAUUCAGCACCUACACUAGUUUUACCUGAAGUCCCUGAGACAAUCGGAGAUGGACAGUACUAUGUGGUGAGAGAAGUUCUUUUCUCUCUCCCGAUCUCUGGAUAUGGUGACCUUAACUGGAGAGCAUUUAUUGAAGUCGAGACGGGUUCUAUCAUCUACUUGCGGGCGCUCACAGCUGGUCUAAGUGGCUGGGUGUUUGCCCGAGACCCCGCUACAAAGCUCGGCCACAAAGCUCCCACAGCAACUGGCAGUAUUGCUGACUUGAACCUACUACGUGACAAAGUUUUCCUUCCUGAUACUGUUGCGACGACCCCUCAAGCUCUCAAUGGCAGAUAUGCUCAAAUUAGAGACAUUCAGUUGCCUAUGAGCCUACCCCCAACGACAUCCAGUGGAGAAUUUAAUGACAGCGUUGAGACGGACAAUUUUGCGGCUGUCAGUGCAUACUAUCAUAUUGCAAAGCUGUUUAGGCUUCUGGCUGAGCUGGGUUUCCCUGUUAAAACUUUGUUCGAUAAUACCCAAUUUCCUGUCCCUGUUGAUCACCGUGGCUUCAACAAUAUGGUAAAUGCUCAAGCCCCGGGAAAUGCAACUGGCAACGGCUCUGGAGGAUUUAUUUUUGGCCGGGCAGAUAUGAAUACACAAAUUAGUAUUGCUGCGGAUUUCCGUGUCGCUGCACACGAAUUUGGCCAUGCACUUCUGUGGGAUGCUAUUCACUGGCCAGGAUUCGGUUUCGCUCACAGCCCUGGCGACUCGCUGGCUGCCAUAUACUGUGAUCCUGGAAGUGAUGCACAAGAUCGAUUUGAUACAUUUCCUUGGAGUGUUGUUCGUCGCCGCCAUGACCGCGAAAUCACUGAUGGCUGGGCAUGGGAUGGACCUCAAUAUAGACAAGAUGACCGCGCCUACUACCGUCGCGAGCAGAUUCUAUCGACCACUCUUUUCCGUCUCUAUCAAGCCAUUGGCGGAGAUGCGAGAGGUGAUUUCCACAAGCAGAACUGGGCGUCUAGGUAUACUCUCUAUCUGAUUAUCGCAGGCAUCGCUACCAUCACAACAACUGCCAGCAUGCCGUACCAAUAUGUCUCCGCAAUGUUAUCUGCAGACAAUGAUACAGUGCUUGGCUAUCCUGGUGGUGCUGUCAGGAAGAUUAUCCGCUGGUCGUUUGAGAAGCAGGGCUUGUAUCAUCCUAUUGGCACCCCAAGCCCCGGUGUCAUGACAAGGGGGCCGCCUCCAGCUGUGGACACAUACAUCGAUGACGGUAGAGAUGGCGAGUAUGACUAUGCUCCUAUGUCUGGCAACCCACCUGGUAUCUGGAAUCGCCAGGCUCCAGAUGGUGGUCUAGUCAACCAGGCUCCCAUUGUCGGAGGUACGAAUUACUAUUAUGUCGCGGUGAAGAACCGGGGAACAGAAAUUGCAUCGAACGUCCAAGUCACGGUAUAUGAGUCUAAUAUCCCAGAGCCAACGGUCUGGCCAGCCCACUUCCAAGUACCGGGCACUGUUAUGCAAAUUAGCGGGCCUAUCAGUGGAAACCGACAACAAACUGCUAUUGCUGGGCCAUUCCCAUGGAUUCCCAGCCCAAAUGCCUCGUUUGAUAGGCAUAGCUUACUGGCGGCUGUCCGUGCUGACGGUGACCUCUCGAAUAUUGAUGCAAACAGUGGCUUGGCAUGUGCAAUCGGACCCACAGAUGUCGAUAGCCUCAUUCCGUUUGAUAAUAAUCUAGCAAUGCGGCACUUUGAUCGGUAA